CUCAUUGGCUGCUUAUUACAGAAGGGAGGAAAUCAAACUUCACACUUAUUAUUCCUGGCAUGAAUUCACACUUCAUCCUAACAUACACUCUUCAACCUUUAUGAACUACACCGGAUGACAUGAAAACUUAGUUAACGCAGCGCAGGAUUGCCUUCCCUCCAAAAGUGUGUUGCUACAAUAAGGAUCCCCGUUACAACAGUAUUAGCUACAUAGUUCCGCUUGUAUUAUCAUUUCCCCCGCACAGCGGACACAUAAACAAUUCAAACAAAAGACAACGACAUAACCUGUAUGAUGGACAACGGACACAACGGGUGACUUGGAUGCAUUAGGGACUCUGAACGACAUCGGAGGAACCGAUGAAACGGACAGUAUUAGGUAUUUUUGUAUGAAAGGUCUACGAACGUUGGAACAUCUACAACUAUUGAAGAUGCAAAAGGGGGUUUUCAGAAAUACAUUUGGUUUGCAGGUGGCGAAUCGCAUCUCUGCAUGUCUGGCAGACAUAUCAGUGUGGAUGACGGAUCACCACCUCAAGCUGAACCUCAGCAAGACGGAGCUCCUCUUCCUCCCGGGGAAGGACUGCCCGUUCCAUGAUCUCGCCAUCACGGUUGACAACUCCAUUGUGUCCUCCUCCCAGAGCGCUAAGAACCUUGGCGUGAUCCUGGACAACACCCUGACGUUCUCAACUAACAUCAAGGCGGUGUCCCGUUCCUGUAGGUUCAUGCUCUACAACAUCCGCAGAGUACGACCCUGCCUCACACAGGAAGCGGCGCAGGUCCUAAUCCAGGCACUUGUCAUCUCCCGUCUUGAUUACUGCAACUCGCUGUUGGCUGGGCUCCCUGCCUGUGCCAUUAAACCCCUACAACUCAUCCAGAACGCCGCAGCCCGUCUGGUGUUCAACCUUCCCAAGUUCUCUCACGUCACCCCGCUCCUCCGCUCUCUCCACUGGCUUCCAGUUGAAGCUCGCAUCCGCUACAAGACCAUGGUGCUCGCCUACGGAGCUGUGAGGGGAACGGCACCUCAGUACCUCCAGGCUCUGAUCAGGCCCUACACCCAAACAAGGGCACUGCGUUCAUCCACCUCUGGCCUGCUCGCCUCCCUACCACUGAGGAAGUACAGUUCCCGCUCAUCCAGGAUGCAUUGCAUGGUGCAGUUUCCAGAGAUAUUCUGGAAAGCACAGUAA